AUAAUAAAAAAAAAAAAACAAAGAAUAGUACAUAAAAAAGAGGUUAACCUCUUUGAUUGAACUUUAUUAUUAUAUGGCGAAAGUCAAGAAAGCAACCGUCGCAUUACAGACCGAGAUUAACAACGACAAGGAUUGGCAGGAAUUAUUAGAACGUCCUGGUCUAACACUAGUUGACGUUUAUUCCGAAUGGAGUGGUCCUUGCGUAGCUAUGGUUGGCAUACUACGAAAAAUCAAAAUGGAGGUUGCGGGUGAAGCGAUAAAUUAUGCGAUAGCUAAGAACGACGAGAUCGAAGAUCUUCGAAGAUUUCGUGGCUUUAGUGAACCAGUAUGGAUGUUUAUUCAGAAUGGUAAAAUGGUUAACCUCAUAUUUGGUGCCGAUGCGCCGAUGUUGCAAAAAAUAUUGUUGGCAGAAUUUCGAAGGAUCCAAGAGGAUUUACCACCAGUUUGGGAAAUAUCUCCCGAACAGCGUGGACCCAAAGAGGAAAUUCGAUGGCAAAAGGAGGAAGCCAUAAGAAAAUUGAUCGAGGAUAAGGAGAAGGAAGAGAAGGAGACUAAGGAGAAGGAAGAAUAUGAAAUGUUUAUGGAACAAAUGAUGUUAGAACUUAGCGAAUUGUUUAUCAUUGUUAUGUAUCCGUGGGUAUUCAAGGACGAACAAGGUAAUCCAAAGAUCAAAAUGCAAUGUCCACCGUAUACAGAAUUGAUACGUGAUCUGUUACGGCAAAUAUUCGAUGUUCAAGAGGAAAUAAGGAUUGAGCUUGACGAGGAGAUUAUAAAGAAAAUGUUCGUUGAGAGUAACGUCGUAAUUACGGACGAAAUUAUCGCAGGCUUAACUGAUGGCAAAUGUAUGGCCAUUAGAUUGAAAAGUAGACCACCGCCGAUCGAUUGGCCUGUUCCUUAUCCUUUCACAUGCCCGGAAGAUGUUCCACCUGAAAAAUGUCCUGUAAGGGCCAUAAACGACAUUGAAAAUUAUUUUCACAGUUUAUUAGACAAUCAGUCACAUAGAACAACGAUAGUUGGUGAUCUAUUAAAAAUGCCAAAAGAAUCGAUAGUUGGUACAUAUAUGCAAAGAUACACGUACGAGUACGAAGCUGAUCCUGAAGAUGAAGAUGAUAUAAAUAGAAUUGAUCCACCUAUUUGGGCACCUAAUAAAGUAAUAAUCAUAUCUAUUUUCACUAUGACAUGCAAUAUUUUUCUUUUACCUGCCAGAAGUAAAGUACACGUAUUCAUGACACUAUUCCCAGAGUACAUGGCCGAAAAUCAUUAUUACGAAAUACCAAAACCACCACCGCCUUUAUGUGCCUUUAAAUAUUAUGCCAAGAAGACGGACGAUUUGAAAAGUAGCGUUGAAAGUUAUCCAGAAGCCAUUGAAUAUUUUGGUGCCUUUUUGUUGGACGAGCCUAUCCUAACACGAAAGAUAGCUGACAGUAUUGAUGAGUUUAAAAAAAAAGUUAGAUUUACAAUCAAGUUAGAGAUCUUCGUAGCUGUCAUUAAAAAGAUAAACGAAGAAGUUUUCUUAGGAUUUGCUGGAAUCAAUCCUUAUUUUGCCACUGAGGACGAAGAUGAGGUAAAAAAAGUGAUUGCCAAUUAUUUCUCAGAGUCGACUACUGAGGAUUAUUAUUACGAGAUAGAAGAGGAUACAGAGGAACAAUAUUACGAAGGAAACAUUUAUUAUUAGCUCGGAACGAAGGAAAUGUAUAUAGAUAUGUAUGUGUGUAAAAGGAGUGUGUAAAAAAAAAAAAGAAGAAAUAUUACAAGAAAAAAACGAAACGUAUAUGGAGGACAGAUAGAUGUAAAAAAAGAUUUCUUUCCACGUGGCACUCUGUGCACAUUCGUCGAUUAGCUUCGAUAUUAUCAUCGAUAAGAUCGCAAAAAGAAUAAUAAUGUGGGAAUGAAAUUAAAGUCUUUUAGAAUCGAACGUGGGUGGUACGUUUUGAAAUAUCAUCGAAAAUCAACGCUCAUGAUUAUUCCAAGGUUAAAGAUCUCUGGAGUCAUUUAUCGAAUUAAAUAAGUUACGAUUGUGUGUCGAAUACAUACAUACAUACA